GGGAGGCAGGGUUGAGGCAGUUUAUGCAAAGUUGUAAAAAGAGUGCAUUUUGAAUGACAAAUAUGCUUUAAAUGAAACGACACGAUGUGAUGUGGUUCAGUGAGAAGGCUGUGAUACGCUUAUGAGACUAAAAUCAGGAUGGAAAUCAUGUUGACUAUUCUUCUGAUCACGUCAAUGAUUGGCCAAGGUCAGUCUUGGGACAGCUAUGGAACAGACUUCGUCACAGUAUUCCCAGAAAACAUAGCUUUCUACUACCCAUAUACUCCACUCAAUACUCUCAGUAUCACUGCUCUCUUUCCCGACACCAAGGUGGACAUCUUCGUCUCAGAGGUAUUGACAUACUCGGACACACUGCUAGCAGGAAAGCCUGUAUCUGUGACACUGGAUAUUGAGGAAUACCGCCUCGGUUCUACAUCUCAGACUGUCAGAGUAAGCAGCACAGAGCUCAUCGUGGUGCAGUCAAUCAGCAAGAAAGGAAACAGUGUGCAAACUAAUGUUGUUCAGCCCCUGAAAAACCACGGUACGUUGUAUACCAUCCCUUCACUGAAUCAGAUGCUUAAUACUUUUUAUCAGUCGGCAGAUAACGUCGGCGGGAGAUACAGCUCUUUCAGGCUGGUUGUUAUCAAUGGAGAAAAUUUGAUUAAAAAUGUCACAAUUGUAAAACUGGCUAGAAAUGAGACCUACACGCUCAAUCCCUACACUGCUCUCCAGCUCCAAACUGACGGUACAGAAACUGCGGUUUAUUCUGAUGAUAGAGUGGCUGUGAUGCUGACCCAUCCUUGCGUAGAAACGGAAGAAUGCAGAUGCAACAUGGUGCUGAACCAACUUUAUCCCGACAGUCUGCAGGAUAGCAGAUUUGUCGUACCCUCAAUACUCAGCACCAGCAACUUUUGGCUACAUGUGACAUCCUCCGUGAAAGCCAGUGCCAGUGGCGGGGAUCUAGGAUUGAGUACUGUGAAUGCCUAUUCCUCAGAACUCCUGGCCCUUCCAUCUCUGCAGUUUGAAUCCCAGUUCAUCAUUACAUCUUCUCCUGCUUCUCUUCAGCUUGUCGGUCCAGGCAUCAUCGUUGAACCGAUCUCACAAUAUAUGUUCUCUGCGUGCUACCUAGCACCUGUCAGCUCGACAGAUGCCAAGGCCUUAAUCAUAGCAGAGACAAGCUACAAGGAUAGUGUGUAUAAGGAUGGUGAUUUGAUUUCAUCCACUGCAUGGAGCACCAUCGCCAAUUCGGUGUACUCAUCAGUGAUAGUGCGUCUUAAGGACACGCACGUCAUCUGGCAUCCAUCCACAAAGAUCGCUGUGUAUGUGUUUGAGAUGAGCACACAUAUGUAUGGUGGUCCUGCUAUACCUUUAAGUGAAAAGCCAGACUCUUUAGGCUGUGCGUUGGUUCCUUCUAAGUUUGAUAUCAUCGUCACACCUCAAACCUGGCCUGAAUCCCAUCAGUACUGUAAGCUCAUAAGUGAUGAGCUAUUCAGUCCCAGCAAUGAAGCGGAUCAUGAGGAGAUGGCCAGCAUCCUGAGUAAUGACAGUAUGAAUGAGAGGUUCUGGAUUGGCGUGCGUCGCAGUCUGCUGAAUUUAGACUGGUACCGGCAGAAGGGUAACAGCUCACAAAACUUGUCAUAUACGCGGUGGGGAACUGGGGAGCCAGGUGUUGCUGCGAAUGGCAUGUGUGCUUCAGUAGUCCCAAACCCAAGCAUGGAUUUCCAGUGGGAAACUACACACUGCUGUACUCUACUGAAGUCUAUCUGCUACACAAGGCCUCAGUACUUUCCCCUGUACGUUCCAAUCUCAGAUGUGGUCAAAUGAGACGGAUAGUAAUUCUAAUGUUCCAAAAA